ACGUUCGUAGCGUCCGUACCUGGCGACUGACCCGCGUUGCCGGUAUAGCGCCUCUACUACCACUACACAACACAUUGUGCUUCGCGUGCGUAAACAAGUGCCAAGUUUAAAUAAAAAUAAUAACUCUGUGAUUUUGUUAAUUAUAGACAUUUUUGUUUAAUAUUAAAUUACAACUCGACAAUAAAUUAACAUGGACAAUAAAGAAGGAACUUUCCGUCUUUAGUAGAUAAAAGUGAACAUUUUCUUAAACUAUUAAGAACAGUUCCCGGGCAAGUUUUGAAAAGUUUAUUACGGAAGUGUAGUGUGCGGGUCGUUAGUGUUUACAGCGCGCACGUGGCUACGGCGAGCCGCUCGCCCGCGGUGCAAUGCCGCCAAAAACUUUCUUCGUAAACAUCGCGGUACUGUGAACGAUAUCGUGAACCAGAUAAAAUAGCGACCAUGACUUUAUUCUGCAGAGACUGAUUCAUGCCUCGACUACAUGCAAGACAAAACAAAGAGUGUGGUUCUUUUAUUAUUUUUUUUUCGUUGGAGGAGACGGAGUUCUCCUACAGAUUGAUGGUUUAGAUGGCUAACAGCAGUGCCGUAACUUCGACCUUACCAUCGAGAGACUAUCACUGUAAGGUUUGCGAUUUAUAUUUGGAUACUCUCGAUUCUUUAGAAGUGCAUUUGCAAUAUCACAAAGAAAAUUUAUACGUAAAGUGGGGAACGCAAAAUUCGCAGAAUGAUACGGACAAUAACAACGGAACUAAAUUAAAAGUUGAAACAACAGUGUCGGCGCCCGCCGAUUCCAGUGACAAUAUGAUCACUAAGCCAAGUCCAGAGUUCCAGCAGCGGGCUACGCCCGAAACAUCGGCUCAGUUCCCGCACCCAGCGACACCGCAGAGCUAUCACAGUGCACCAUCGCCCUAUCAGAAUCCAGACCAAACUAACUUCUCACCAGGACAUCAAUUUGGUAAUAAUUAUGCACAUUCUAAUUUUUCACAAAAUCAACACGCAGAGCAUAUCUCGUGGGAGCAAACGCAAUAUAAUCAAGACUAUCACAAACCAGGUCGCUUCCAUCCAUAUAACAUGCAAGAACGAGUUUCACAAGUAUCGUCUUCUAGCCCGCUUUAUGGACAACCUCUUAAUCAACCAACGCCAUCGCCUUCGCCUAAUCAGUGCGAUAAAUGCGGGUUUGUUUGUGACUCUGCCGUUCAACUCAAUGAACAUUGUAAUACGGCACACGCGGGUUCCAGCUCAGCGACGGCAACGGGAGCUCUGCCUUUUCAACAAUUUCCCGUAAAACCAUAUAAUAAUUCUGGAUAUCAAAAUGAAAGUAUUAAGGUUAAGGAAGAGCAUGAAGAGUCUUCCGAUAUUUUGGAUUUAGACUCGCAAAAAGUUGUAUACCAAGGAAAUGAAGGAGAUCAACAAACUGUGACAUACGAAGAACCGUCUUCACAAGGACGCGAAAUUAAUACUCGCACUGUUCCUAUGAUGCCAUGGGAAACACAAAAGUUGUAUAGUAACCCCCAGUUAAAUGGAGAUGUUUCACUUUUUAAAGAGCAAAAAAUGUUUGGAGAGCAAAAGCCAUAUUCUACAGAUACCAAAAUGUUUCAUCCGGAUCCAAAAUUUUCUUAUGGACAAGACAAGUUUCUCAACGUUCAUCACGAUCAAAAAGCAUUUAUGCAUGUUGAACAGAAAAUAUAUCCUGGAGUUCAGAUGCCUCCUUUAACUGAUUAUCCGGGUCAAGUUGCAUCUUCUAAUUCCGAUAUGAAGCCGCCAUACCGUCCGUAUGAUUCACCUACUGUACCACAGAUUACAAGCACACAGCCGGCUAAUCCUACGUCAUCGGCAUUGCCAUCGAUUGGUGGAAAGGGCGCAAAUUGGAAGUCAAAUGAAGCAAGAAGACCAAAAACUUACAACUGCACUGCAUGUAACAAAUGGUUUACUAGCUCCGGACACCUUAAAAGACAUUAUAACACGACGCUUCAUAAAAAUGCUGUCAGGUCAUCUGGUCAACCAGAUCCAGCUACAAUGCCAAUAUCAAGCCAUCAUCAUCCCAGCCGUGACGCACUUCAAGCAAGGGCGCAACAACAAAGCGCUGACUCAAACACCCAGAGUCCUGUUCCCUCUGAAGAUAGUCGCAGCGUCGAUGAUGCCGUUUUGCAGUCGCCGUACGCAUCUCAGAACUUCGAGCGCUCCCACCGUGUCGCCACAAUGCAAUCUAAGUCACCGUAUACACAUCUACAACAGGGUAAUUUAGAUAAUAAUUUCAGUAAUAAUCCUCUAGCUAAUCAUCCUUUACAGCAUCAGGUUGGUUCACAUCCCAUUAAUAUGGGUAAUCAACCGCCAGGCAUAGGUCAUCCUAGCGAUAGUAAUCACCCAGGUUCGAAAGGCGCUCCUAUUUCAUCUUCAGGGAAUCCCCCAAACGGGGAAGCAGGUCCCUCUGUUUCUCAAAAUCACCAUAUGAGGGGCCUGCUAUCAGUGUCAACCAGCAAUAUUUCAACGCCAGCUCUAACGCAGAAUACCCCGGCGCUUACAGCCCACACGUUGCCGCCGUUCAGCCAUUUGGGUGUCAACCCAUACAGCCCGAGGUCUACGGAUCCUUUGGGACCUUCAGUACCGGACCCCACCCACACCCCCUUAUAUUUGGGUCAGAAUUUUCAGCAGACUAUAGCACCGAGCUACCCAAACGGGAUGGCCCCCCACGUUAUGGAUAUGGCUAUCAACAAUCUGCCUAUAGCCAAUCCGGCUACUUUUGGUGAAAACACACCUGAAGAAGUCGAGGUUAUGGAACAAGAAACGUCGAGUCAACCUGCCGGCGGACGCUUGCCAAGUUUCGCGCAGCUCCAAACGCAGAGUUUCAGCGUUUAUGUUUCUAACUACGUCUCACAGCCUAACGUGGGGGGUCAAGCUGUUUCUGAUGAGUCGACCGCCGGUUACAUUAUUGUAGACCCGGUCCACUCUCCAUUACAGUAUAACAAUAUGGAAAUUUGUGGGCAAAACAUGGAUUACGAAUAUAACUUUUCACCGAGAGCAUCUAAAGAAAACUUGAUUAACUAUAAUUCGGAAAAUAUAAAAGUAUAUCCAUACGGAUACGCGGUAGGAGGUAAAACAAUAAAACGGGACGACGACAUUCUACGUACCGAUUCUAGCGAGCUUCAAAUAUUAAAAAUAGAAGAUAUAAUGGAUUAUGCUAAUAAAGAAAAUUACGGUGCCCAAAUGAAAUCGCCUGCGAGUCCUGAGAGCGCAAAAGCUGAGAACGAGAGUCGCGGCUCUCCUUCUAUAACGUCGACAGUGUCGAGCACUCCUCUCGCUGAACGUAAUCAGCUGAAAAAGUCUGGACCGGCCACGGUGCACAAGUGCUACGAAUGUGACAAGUUCUUUAACAAGGCUUGCUAUCUGACGCAGCACAAUAAAACAUUUCACUCGGGCGCUAAGCCAUUUAAAUGUGACCGGUGCGGCAAACGUUUCUCUGAUGACGUGUCUUACGAGGGUCACUACUUAAAGCACGCAGACAAUAAGCCUUUUAAAUGCAACGAGUGUCCGAAGUCUUUUAACCACAAGACAGAUUUGCGCCGACACAUGUGUCUGCACUCCGGUUGUAAACCUUUCGCUUGCGACCAUUGCGGUAAAGGAUUUAUUAGAAAAGAUCACAUGGUGAAACAUGUUGAUAUUCAUAUUAAAAAGAAUCUUAGGUCGUCCUCAUCGUCGGUAUCGUCAACAUCGUCGACUUCAUCAUAAACAUAUCAUACUUACAAUUUCGAUCACAUAGCAUCAAUAAAUUCAAAGUAGUAUGCACAUAUCAUUUAUUUACCGAUAGUAGAUAAUCGAAUAAUUGUUUAUUAUCAUAUACGACUAAAUAAAUUUACAUUAUUACAUUGGUAGCUCGGUAUGUUAUUAUGUGUAUGUUAUUCUUAUUAAGGCUCAACUCCAGCGCACGCAUUCAGACCGCCGGUUCGCUUUUUUGUUGUUCAUUCAAUCUAACCUUGUCUUCGAUGCAAGGUGACUUUAUGUGUCUGGGUGUCUGGGCGCUAAACAUAUAAUUACGUGACGUCGGAGUAAAAUUCCGCGAUAUUGUUUAGAACGAUCCAUAUCAUUUUUAUGUUAUUAUAAUUAAUAGCGUAUAUGCAUUGAUGCAAACAGCGGUCAAGCUCCGUUUUAGGUCGUUCUAGUAACUCGACCUUUACCAUUCAAUUAGGUUUUUUAUUUACGCUUCGUAAAUCCUAGAAAAGUUUAAUUUUAGAUAAAUGCUGUCUACCUAGAAUUGUUAAUGUUAAACGAGUGAUUGGUGUAUUUUAAAGUAUACUUACCAUUAGAUUAAUUCAUGUAAAUAAUUGAAAUUUGGGACUUAACUGCCAGACAUUAUAUUAAGUAAUUACCAUUGAAAUACUGUUUCUAUUUUAAAUAUUUUCUAUAUCGAUAUUUUACCGAAAUAAUUGUUUUGUGUAGUUUAAACAGAAUGUUUACAAUGAACUUUAAUUAUACUUGUAAAAAAGAACUUAUUAAAGACGAUACAUGAAAUUUAUAAUUUUAAUAAUGAAGUACCGAUUUAUGAUGAUUGUAAGUGAUUAUGUCAAAUCGGUUUUGCCCAAAAAGUUGAUAGGAUAUAUGUAGGGCAAUCGAUUGCCGUCUAAAUGGACAAUGCUUAUGGUAGCGUGGAUUAUGGAUAGUGGAGACAAGCAGCCGCGCGCGCCGGUUUCGGCUCCGCCGAGGUUACAGCGUCCCGUCGACCGCGCCCUCUAGGAAGUGUUAUGUUUUUGUUCUAGAUGUUAAUCCUGUAAUUGGUUAUUACUUUAUUAAUAUUUUCCCGGUGCUUCCUAUUAUUAUUUUGUCUGUUGACAUUUGUUUUAACUUUAAGAUAGUUAACUUCUUUGGGAUUCUGAAAAAAAAAAGAUUUUUUUUUCGAUAAUUGAAUAAUUUAUAUCAAAUUUCUAAGUUACCAUUGCGUUAUUUGACGAAUUUAGUUAUACAUUCCUGUUUCGUUAGUGGUAGGAAAGUAGUCUUCCUGAACGUUGCCAAAUUAGUUCCGCCAACUGUCUGUUGCGACAAGAUAUAACUUUAAUUUUUAGUCUAAAGAUAAUAAAGUUCUUUAGCAAUAAUUUAAAAAAUAAUGUAAAUGUUUUUGUAUAGUAUUAAUGAAAUUAACAUGAAUUACGGUAUUAAAACCACGUAGGCAUCGUUUUCAAUGAACUUGUAUAUAUUUUUAUGGAAAGGUCGAUAAGUUUGCUGUAUGAUGGAACAUAUCAACGGUCUUGAAAGUGUUGAAGUUGCAAAAUGUCUCCGUCAGUUAUAUGCGAUAGCAAUUGAUAACGUUCUACGUAGUAUAAAAUUAUAUCAAUAGAGCACUCAAUACUCAUUAUCUGGGCAAUCACACUCACAUAUAACUCACGGAAUAUUUUGUUCCAGUUUAAUUUACAAUAACCAAUGUCCGAUGUGCUGUGUUUGUGCCGAAACUUAUUCACUUAAAUAUAUGUGCAAUAUGGACAUUGUAUUGAUUUAAUUUUUGAUAAUGGUUGUAUUUUAAUGUUGAUUAUAUUGCAGAAAUAUUUUUAUACAAAUAGAAUUACACUAACAAUAUUGAUCUACCUCAUCGGCGACUAUACCUAUAUCAAUUAAUUAAAUAUACACAAAGUUUAAGAUAUUUGGAAUCGAGUAAUAAAUGUGGGCGUAAGUCAGAAAUGUUAACUUGGCCCGUCAUUUAUUUUGAAAUAAAUAUUAAAUAGUUAUUUAAAGAAGAUACAUAUUGGUACAUUCACUAAACAGCCUGUGAUGUUGAUGAAUACGUCAGGAUAUCUUGCCGAAUCAUAUCGUCGUCUAUUUUUAAUGUAUACACAUAUCAUAUUAUAUACCUUUUUAUGUAAACCAAUGUCUCACUUCGACAUUUACAGAGCUGUUUAACCAAUAUCAAAUAUACUGGGAAUUUUUUAAAUGACCCAUAUAAAAGUAUAAAGUAAAAUAAAUAUAACUAUAUUGUUGAGAAAAUUUUUGUAAAACAGAAAUAUUUUCUUCAUAGCAAUAACGUGACAGAAUAUAUUAUGAAACUUAACUACCUCAAGUAACGAGUAAUAGGACUAGAAAGUGUUGUAAAGGUGCGCCGCUGGGUGACGCUGGCGCCGUUUCCAUUACUGAAACUAAAUACCUCAACUUGCCUUUCGUGUUUUAGUUAAAAAAUAAAUUAAUAUUUAAUGAUGGCGCGCAGGGCAACACGGCCACCCAAUUUUUUCAUAUACAUAUAUUAUAGCGGACAUAUUUGUCUCCUCAUACAAUGUUGAUUGCAAACAAUGACGUAGUAGUAUUCAGUUAGAUAUUAAAAUAUUGUAAAUAUAAAAUAACGAUGAAUUUUGUUAUUUAUCAUAUUCUAUUAUUGUAUUCAUCGAUAGAAUUAUUUUAAAAUAAGUUUUAAUGUAGUGAUUUCAAGUUUAUAACAAUAGAUGAUAAGUAUGACAUAAGUAUUUUGUGAUUUUACGUUCUUGUAUAUUGUAUUAAUUUAAUUAUCAGUUACCACAUCAUAUCUGUUAAAUUCAGUUGAGUAAAUUUGAAACAGACAAAUACGAUUAGAUGUUGUUUUCUUUAUAUUAUUCCCUCGUAUAAACGUAGUCCGUAUACAUUGCGGUAACGUAUAAGUCGUUUUAUUGUUUACUUUAUUGCAUUUUAUAAUAUUUCUUUAUAGUAAGCGUAGCGAAAUUAAUUAAUUCUAGGCUUUACUUCGAUGAAUGUAUCAGUUAUCAUUAUAAACACUAUUUCACGUUACCAGUACUUCAACGUUAUAAUAUAAAAUUAUAAGACAAUUUGAAUGUUUUCUGUGACAUCGAAGUUUUGCCUAGAACCUUUAGGAUAAGUUUUGACUAUAGUUUAUCCUAGAUCUAGGCGACAGAUCUGUCACAUCUAGGGCGAAAUAAUCUAUAACAACUGCUUUGCGUUGAUGUGUUCAUGUGUGUUUAAUACUCUCUACGCUUGUAAAUUAUCUUACAUAAUUACGCAAGUAGAAAGUUACUAGAGAUUUAACAUUUACAACACAUGAACAUAUCUUAUGAUGCGAACAUUUGCCAAUGCGAUUUUGUUUAAAAUUAAAAUGUACUUUUUUAAUUUGUUAAAACUUUAAUGCAAUUAUUUGUGUUUAAUUGACAA